AUUAACGAGCUGUUGAUUUAUCGUGAAGCUUAAGUUUUGCGACUAACCAUCAUCCUCUUGAGGUAAACCGGAGGCACAAAACGCUAUAGUGGAAAUGCAGAAAGCGGUACACAAAAACUUCUGCAUUGUAUCGCGACUGGAGCUUUUCCUACACUAAGAGUUACAUUCGACCUGGUUCUAACGGAUGUUAAUUACUUGUUUCCACCUUGUUGAUUCGUAACGUUCCUGUUCCUAGUUGGUCGCGUGAUGACCACGAUUGAAACUCUUUUCGCUUUGUCAACCAAGCACGAGAGACGAGAUCUCCAGAUUCGGAGAACCUCAUUACCUUUUCGAACUAGUACGAAACGAACCUUGUCGAUGAAACAUCGUUGUCGGUGAAGCAUCGUUCGCGAGAUUCACAACUCAGUUUAAAUCGUAAAAUACAGUUUAACAUGAAUACCGGCGUGAUACCGUUUCUAUUGAUAUGUCUCUGCUUGAAAGUUACAUUGGCAAAUCGGACAUCGUUUUAUACGCAGGAAGUUUAUUGUUUGAGCGAACUACCAAUGAGUGAAUUAAUUCAAAUAAAGUCCUCACUCGCGGAUGAAGAAGAUGUUGUCGAGGAAGAUGUACAAGCCGAAGAGAUAUCGAGUAGAACAUUUUCGUCAUCAUUGCCCGUUGCACAGCCCUUGAAAAGAAUGAACAAAAAGCCAAUGAGACGUUACGAAGAUUAUCACGAAGAUAAGGGGAAAGAUACGAAAAUUUCAAAGAUAUUCCAAUUGUCAGUCACAGCGCUUUCGUUUCUUGCUUUCGGUGGCUAUUUGCUUACUCUUAUAAUAACAGCAAUUCGUCAAAACGCAAUGGGAAACACGGGCAAUGGAAACGUUAUAGUGCUCUCAAACCUGCAGGGUUUGCAAAACUAUAAUCGUCCAAAAAGAAACUCCCUUAUGCACGAUGCGGCAGAGAACGAUUCCGAAAUCGAGAAGCUGUACCAAGGAAUGAUCCUGCUGUCAAAAUCUUAUACAAUGUACAAUAUUAACUGAUGAUGCUUUGAAUGGAUCUAAAAGUAGAAAUACAAGACUUACGUUCGCCACUAUCGAUGGAUAUCGCUAGACUUUUGCUAGAAAAUCACGGAUAGUAGAAUCUCGGAUAGUUGAAAACGUAAGUUUCGUAUUCGAGGAUCGAUCUGAUCGAUUCACACGAGAAUAUAAGAGAUUCGUGGUAAAAAUUUCUGAUCGUGAUUGACGGACUCAAUUAGGGGUUCGCUUAUCAUGAUUCGCCGGACUCUUGAAAAUCCUAAAACCUAAUAAAAUCGAAUAGAGGAUCACGGUGUGUACAUAUCCCGAAGAAUAUUCUUAGCAUGUGGGUAGAGGCUGCUUCAAACAUGGCUCUUCAAAUAAACACCUAAGUGACUGUAUACUCCGAAAGUCUGCAUGCAAAGAUAACCAUAUGGCUUCCAGAGAUAUCAUCAGCCAUACGUCUCUAUGCUAUUAUUCCUCAGACAUGUAUAACCCGAAUAGCGUCUAUUUCUGUUUUUUGGAACUUCAUUUCUAAAAAGAUUACCGAUUACGUUCAAAAUUUUCGUUCUCGUGAUUCCUCAAUGUAAUCGAAUUUAUUUAAUGAUAGCGGUAGGUAACGAUUUACAGUAGUACAUGUGAAAACUAUAAUUUCUAUAAAAAGAUGACCUUAAAGAAUUGUAAUCUGUAUAAUAAA